ACUAGUGGCUGCUGGGGCCGAGAAGAGGCCAAUCUCCUCACUGAUAGUGAAGUGUUGCGUUAACCCGGUGUCCUUGCCGUUGACUUUGGCGUGACGGGAAUCCCACCCGCACUAGUUCAGCAGCUAGCCGUGCUCGAACGCGAUGCAGAGUGUGAAGCGCCCCGCUGCCCGGGCCCUACGCCUCCUGCUCCCGCCGCUUCAGCGACUUGUCCCCGCCGCCAGGAUCGUGUCCAAACCGGGCAGGGAGAAACUGACUGCGACGGAUCAGAUCGUGGCAUUUGCGGUGAUAACCGCCACCCUGCUGCUGCCCAGCAGCUGGGUCAUCAGUCACCUGGAACCACACCGGCGUCGAAAGAGGAAGGGCCAGUAACGAGGCCGCAGCCAGAGACCAUCGGGAGUCGAAGCUGGAGCCGCUUUAAUAAACCCUUCUAACCGUA